AUGCACCCAUUUUCGUCACUGACUCUCGGUAUCUUCGUUGCCGGUUACAUUACCGCCCGCUGGGAUCUUGUAACACGCCUCUACGAACUCACCGUUUUCGCCUGGGACCACGGAGUAGUGACCCGAGCUGCGAAGGCGUUCGCCAUACUAUCCUUGAUCUUCCUCGCCAUCGUCAUUCCCCUUGAGCGCUUGGCGGCCCACGAAGCCUCACUGCAUCCUCGUUCUCAUGCGUACCGCAUUUCUGCCCGUGAGCAAUUACGCCGACGAGGUUCUUUCUGA